GAACUUGAUGAAUAAAUAGAUUAGAUUUUUUUUUAUUAAAAAACUUUAUUUAUACGAGUAUUAUUUAUUGUUGGCAAGAACAAUAUUUGGUGGCUGUUUAAAAACAUUGAAAUUUAGUAAAUUGUAAUUUUUGGCUCUUCCAACUGAAAAGGUUGCUGACCCCUUUUUUAUAGACCAUAAAUGUAUCAUACGAAAUUUUGUAAAAAUAUAAAAAAAUAUGAAUAUUUCAAGGCUUGCGUAGAUGUACGUGAAGCAGUUGUGUUUUGGGGUAUUAUGAGAACACUUUCAGAAAUGAAUUUAGCAAUGGAUAUUGUACCUUGGUUAUCAACACAUCCUGCUCACGGUGACAGAGAACAAAGUUUGAAUAACAAAUUACCAAAGGCUAUAGAAUUAAGAUCUUUAUCUGGCUGUCCAGAAUUAAGUCCAAUUGAUCCAAGAAGUAAAUUUUACAAACGUUCUAUGAAAGAUCACGAAUAUUAUUUUAAACAAAAAGGAAUAAUACCAACGUAACAUGAAGAAACAUCGAAUGUUUAUUACACAACUUCGCGAAUAAUGUAUUAUUUUUAUAAUAAAAUUCCUUUUUUUUUUUUUUUACAGAGAAUCA